AUGAAAUAUUCUAAACAUUUUUUAACUACUACUAUUACUGUUGUAUUAAUAUCUCUAGAAUUUACAAUUAUUAAUUCACAAGAAAAUGACAAUAAUAAUGUUGAUCAAAUUAAAUUUAAUCUUGAUAAUCAUAUUUUAAAAGAUCAAACAUUACACUCUGAUAGUAAUCCAACAACAUUUCAUUACAAAGAACCAAAAAAAAUUAAUUGUUAUGAAUGUCAUUCAAUAGGAAAUCAAAGUUGGCUUGGAACAUGUACCAGAAAAAGAUUUUGUACAGGUUUAUGGUGUGUUAAAGGACCAGAUGAAGGUGGUUUUUUCCGUGGUUGUAUGGAUACCUUACCAUUUUUAGAUCACAAAGAAAAAUGUAUAACAUACAAAGAUCCUAAUGGUAUUGUUAAAGAAAAUUGUUAUUGUAAUACUGAAUUUUGUAAUUCUUCUAAUUCAUUAACUUUAUCAUUAUUAUAUAUUAUUACUUUCUUAUUAAUAAUUUUAAGGUAUACUUUUUAA